GCUUCAGUCCCACGGAAGCCGCCGACGGGAGCCGAGCGGAGCCAUGCAUGGCGCGACCGUGCUGCCGCCUGGUGCCGGCCGCGGCGGCAGCAGCCGUCUACGCUCUGGUGGCAUACAUUGUGGCCUUCACCAUUGAGCUGUGGUGGAUUCUGGAUGCUGAAGUCCGCCUACCUGCACCAGCAUAUCUUCUGUGUGCGGCUUACCUCCUGUCUUUCAUUCUAGCUGCUGUACUGCUCCAUGGCCUGACAGCAAAACGUUCCCCAUUAUUGCUAGUAUGGCUUUUUACUGCAGUAAUUUUGGCGCUUCCUGAGGCUGGACUUGUUUUGUUUCUCAGUCUCUAUUUCUGGCAGCUGACGUCAUUGAAUGGAAUGACAGAACUGGUCUUCUGGAUCUGUCGCCUAAUUUGCAAUGUGGGUGAAGUUGGCUGUGUUAGAGCCCUCUAUCGAUGCUGGCGUGAAGAGAAGCACCUUCUCCGAACACUUCACCAGUUACAUACUGUUUCGAGUCAAGGGAUACAAAAUGCUGCAUUUAUGGGUUCAGGUUCACUUGGCUCAUCUCCAAGGGCACCACACAGGGCAGUGGUCCCAGUGAGACAAGCUGUUCCUCUGCACCUUCCACUAGGCUCAGGCAGUGAAUUUGAUGCCUCCACUUUUCACACAGCUCUGCAAAGACAUUGGGCUGUGAACCCCACUCAGGUGCUACCUCAAAGGCCACCACGGCUAACACGGACUAGAUCAAUGGUGGAUAUAAGGACUUGGCAAGGGUCAGCCAGCAAUGGCCUUGUGAGAUCACAUUCACUUUUAGACCUGCGGAACAUAGAACUUGUUUCAAACAGACAGUGGCAUCCACGAAUGGGUCCUGGUGUCAUGCAUGGUAGCAGACCAUCACUGGCAGAUUCUAUAGAUGGUGCACAUCGACUACGUGAUGUGGCACUUUGACUGAUUAUAUUCCAUUUCGAUAUGUGAAUUUAUGCAGAACUACAUGAAAUAUUUAUAAUGACAGAAUGAAAAGCAAUUACAUUAAUGUACCUUUUCUGGUGCUACAGGCUGACAAACAUUUCAUAUAAUUAUUUUUGUACUUGUCUAAUUGUACAAAAUUUAAAGAUUAUAAUAAUUCUAUAUCAAGAACUGGUUAAAGAAACUAAGAUCCCAAGGAAGGAUGUCUUAAUUAUCUAUUAGACAUAGGCAGCAUCACCACAGAAUUCAUAAUAUUCUCUCUCUCUCUCUCUCUCUCUCUCUCUCUCUCUCUCUCUGACACACACACACACACACACACACACACACACACACACACAUGCACAGGAGGAUGAGGAAGAUGAUGUUAGGAGAAAACGAUACAAUUUUUCCUCUUUUGUGCUGGUAUUCAAAGCUAAGGUGCACACAUAAUGAAUAAUUAGAGGCACCAUGGUUUACUAGUCUUGUCCGCCAUAUAUACUGAGUAAAUAAACAGCUCUGGAUUUUAAUUUUUUAUUUGUUUGUGUUGCCUGUCAUACCAGAGAACGAGAAUGUCACAUCUGCCAAUGACAAUAAAUUCUAUUAUUGUAUGUUGUGAAUCUUGUUACUAUGAUUUUGCUUAGAAAUCUUUGUAAUAUAUUAAGUCAGUAACACUUAGGGAAAAAAAUCUUGCAUCUCUGAAUAAGGAUUAAUUAUGUUACUAUCCCUAAACUAGUCUGUAUCUCACCAGAGAAUGUUAAAUUUAAUUUUGUACUACCAGGGUUGCCACAAGGUCUGAGAAUCAGGGAAUUUAUGAUAUAUUACAGAAAUCAGGGAAAUAUUAGAGAAAUUUGAAAAAAAAAAACCACUGGAAAAAUCUCGUUUCUGUCUGAGUAGAUGAAAUGAUUUGUUUACCAAGAUGUCAUGCAUUGUCACUGGCUGGGCGCAGCUGAGUACAAGCUAUGCUUCCCUACUCCCUCAUUCUUACUGCUUCUGCCCUUUUUACCACUCCCCUCAGCUUGCAGUCAGUGCUGCCACCACUUUUUGUCAUUCGCCUAGCAGCUGCCAACUAGAGGCAGGGAGGCAUGAGAGUGUGUGUGUGUGUGUGUGUGUGUGUGUGUGUGUGUGUGUGUGAGCACUCUCGUUUUCUGUCAAAGACAAUGGCCAAAAAUUUAGUUGUGAGAGUGUGAUUACCUUUUCUACAUGCCUGUCUGCAGCUCAGCGAUCAUCUUUACAGUGAGUUGCUACCUAUCCUCAUUAGUAUUGAUUCUCGGAGUAUUCACACAAGGUAUCUGUUUCAUGGAUUGCUCUCCAUGGUCUCAUUUCAUCAACAUGGUGUCUAUGAACAUGAAUAGCUGGCCAUGUCAGUGGAAUUCCAUUGCGGGUCAGAAUCACAGGCCAUUUCUGUGGGUAUCUAACGGAUCGGGCCUGCCAAUCUGUAGCCUAUUGUUUUCCACUAAUGUGCAAUCUGUGCCCAUUGAAUUUAGUCUCACCAAUCUGCCUGUAGGCCAGGUCUGUUUGUGUGUGGCAUAAUGUGGCAGAUUUUCGUGAUUUAUCUGUGGACCCAGGACUGUGGUGCUCCUUGGCACGCCAGAUGCCACGGAUGAUGUAUUUCAGAAAUUGCAACUGUCUCACAAGUACAUUGUAUAGUGCAGUGUUUUAUAGAAAUUUUACUUAUUCUAGUACAUUUUGGCACUUCAGAAGUAGUUUAUAUAUUAGAAAGUACGGAUGAUAAGAAGAAAAUUGUGGCAGUUGCUGGCAGUUUGUAAGCUAUAUACUCAUGUAUUUCUUGAAAGAAAAAUCACACAAUAUCUGUAAAAUAUGACACAGUGGAUAAUAACCAACAAUAACAAACAUAGUAGAACCAACAUCUUAUUGGCGAUAGUGUUGAUUUUCAAAACUUUACCGCACCUUGUACACUUAUUUCAAGAGGACUACUUCUUUCUGAGGUUAUUUCUGAAAUCAGUGAAGGUAUUUUAAAUCUAUCUUGUGACUCCAAUGGAAUGAAUAUUUUUGUCAGCAAAUGUGUUUUGUUUUUUGAAAUAAAAUAACAUCAGUGGUUUUAAUGAAACAUAUAUGCCAUUUGGCUUGCUUUCGCCAUCUAGGAACAGUUCAUUACAAAAGAUGUUGAUGUUUACUUAAGAUUUUUGCUCACAAGUUUAUAAAUACAGAAGUCCCUUUUUUUUCAACUUAUGUCUUGACUUAGUCUUGAGCUCUCAGAAUUUGUCAGGGAAAAGUGCUAAAACUCGUUUGGAAAUCAGUGAAAUAUCAGGGAAUUUCCCUUAGGGAAACUUGUGGCAACCCUGAUUAAACGUUGCAGAAUGUUACAAGCUGCUGUUGACAUUCUGGAAAUCUGGCUCACAUUAUCACUUCAUAGUGCAACCACAUACUGCUGUCUACCAAUGAUUAAUAGUCAUUAAGGAAAUCAAUUUGGAGUGUACUGUAUAUUUUUGUAAUAUAUAUGUUGUUGAUGAUUUUUAUAUUUGUUUUGUUGUACAGAAAAGUUUACAUGAUUUGAAAGAUAA